AUGUCGGAAGCAGAAGAACCCAUCGAUGAUCUUGUUAAAAGACCAACUUCUCACGGUGUGAUGCAGCGUCUCAAAAAUAAGCUCUCGUCGUUAACUCAACAACCAUCUAUAAACAAUGCAGUCAAGAAUCCUGAGAGUCCUGGGAGGAGAUCUAUCAACUCAAUUCAGAAGUCAGUUGAACUCAACGUACCCAAUGGACUACGAAGUCCCAGAUCCCCGGUCGGUGAACCAAGCCAGCCCACUACUCAACCAAAUGGCACUUCACAUGCAUUCCCUGUCGAUGGCCAAGGCCCUGAGGACAAUUUCCACGGACCACCAAGUGUUCAAAGUCCUUCAUCCGGGCUACCAGCUGAGGGUCCUGGUGUCCAUAGAGUCUGUACACCAAAUGAUUUUCAUACCGAACAAUCCAAGGGACUCCCGCUUGUUCCAGCAGUUCAUCACACCCAUGUCAUGGCUAUAUCUCAGGAUGAGAGCAUCUCUUAUGGAGAAAAGGACUUAGCGAUGACUCUCAAUGAGCAACAGGAGAUUAUGAACGACCUCAUUGCAGAAAAAGAGUCUCUUUCACAGCAACUGGAAGCGGAGCGUCAACAGCGGCAGAAAGACCUUGCCUACUGGAGAAAUCGCACCAGUGAAGCCGCAAGCAAGAGUGCCAAUCUUGUCCCUGGGAUGCCUCUCAGUCAGCCAGACACCGAACUCCGCAACGAGUGGCGAAACCUGGCCUUUGACGUGAGGAAUUUUGUAGACAAUCACUUCAACAAAGUGAGCACUAACAAACUUGAGGCUUGGGGGAAAGAGAACGGGGAUUUCCUUCGAAAGAUCACCCCGACCUAUCAACAAGUCGUUGGGGGGAGGCGGUCAGGUCUUGCUAUGGUUGAGGCAGCUGUUUGGCAAGGCCUCUGCAGGGCGGUGUUUGGGGGCCUCGGGGACAAUAGCCCCAUGAUCUGGGCUGGUCCAUAUCAAAGGAGCCUGAGAAUAUUGGUUAAUGAACUCCAGCAAGGCCAAAAGCAGAAGAAUUCCGAACAGUUUUCUCCCCUCUUCCAUCAGUGGGGUGCUCUCACAGCCAAUCUGAUAGAAGUACUUCGGACGUCUGAACAUCACUACCAACGGGUUCAUCCCGUGGUCCAAGAGCUAGAAGAUCUAUUCUUUGCCUGCCGCUCUGUCGGCGUGAUGUACAAGUCCGACACAUAUCGGCGAGACCUGCGGGCCCUAGUCACGAAAGCUGCCAGGUUUGACUUCAACCUGUCUGGCCAAACGGCUGAGUAUUUCAUCGGUUGGCCGACGUCUGGUCGGUCCAACAUGUCAUUUGAUCAGAAGACAAUGCAAGUGUCACAACGGAGUCCCCAGUCAACCAGGAAUGUGAGGUUCAUACUACAGCCUUGUUUCUUUCGAGUUAAUAAGCAGGACGAUACUUUGGCGGUCAUUGAUGAAUGUACUGUUUGGAUGUUUUAG